CUUGUUACAAGAUGGCGACCAACAACUGCUUGAACACUGGACAACAAUAGAGACAGCGCAGUGGGGCUUGAGAUUAUUUCUUUUCUGUUUGCUUUCUGCUUUCGUGUCGUCUUAAACAGGUGUACGGGAAUCGACUGCGUGUAGCUGAAAACUUUUGAAUGGGAUUUCAGUGAAAAGUGAAUCUGUAAUGCUUUGUUGGAUAACUAGUUAGCAGCCAAGCUAAGCUACAUCCGUAGCUGUAGUGUAACUGUGAGGAUCAGCUGUUAGCCACACUGCUACUUUAAAAGUUACUUAAACUACUAAAACUUACUGCAAACUUUCGCAGUUCGUGUUUUUGCGAUACAUUGCAUCAAGUUGGUUGAACGGAAUUUAACGUUUCGUCUCUGGUUUUACAUCAAGUGAGUCUUUCUCAAACUUUUAACUCAGGGGAAAUCUGCGCGAAAUAAAAAUAUCGCUAACAUUUCAAGACAAGUGAGGAAACAAACGGUUCGGUUGUUAACGUUAUGUUUCAGAUAAACUUAUGGUAAAUGUUGUUUUUAUAUAUAUAUAUAUAUAUAUCUACGUGCGUUUUAAUAGAGAGAUUCAUUGAGUAAGAGUAGUGAAUCCUAUUAAACUUUUUCUACAAAUUAAAUUCGCAUCUUAACCUUGUUUAUUAAAAUGUGUCAUUUAUUAUCGAUAGUGAACUCGUUCAUUCAUACAAUCACACGUUUUACUGCAAUCUGGUGUGUGGUGAGACCGCGAGCUUAGGCAUUUCCUCAGAAACAAGUUUGAAAGUUAAAAGUUUAUUCGGGGAUUUUUGUGUUUUUAGUUUCUAAGAAACUUUAAUUGGACUUCAUUUGUUUCGAUUCGUUUUUGAACGUUACUAUUCACGUGUAAACAAUGUGCAGUUUCUUUUGUUGUAUACGGAGGCAGAUAGUGAUAAAAAUGGAGGCAGUUGAGUGUGUUUUGUAGAGGCACGCGCGCGCACACGCUCGUACACAUUGAAGCAUCUCGAGCGGUCCCGCGUGAGUUGUUCCGCUGUCCGGAGACUCGAGUGACUUUAAAAACACGCUGCUUUUUCUGGAUGAUGGCGGAUUUUGUGAUGCCGCGGCACAGCGCGGUGAUGGAGCGGCUCCGGCGGCGGAUCGAGCUCUUCCGGCGGCAUCACGAUAGCUGUGAGAGCCGCUAUGAUAACACUGCGAUGGAGCGUCUGGAGAUAGAGAGGCAGCAGACACUUGCGCUUCAUCAGCGCUGCCAGCAGACCAAAGCAAAGCACAAGAACAAACACCGACAGCCGCCGGCGGCGAGCGCGGACACGACGGCGCACAGAGGGGCGACCGGCGGCGGAAGCGCGGAGCUGACGGACGGUGGGAACGGGACGCCUGGGGAGCAAAGCCGAAACAGCACGCUGAUCGCGGAGACUGUCAAGAGGAAGUUGGAGAAUGCCGGAUCUCCUCUGGGUCGUGACCAGAUCAAUGGUUUCGGCGAUGGCUUCCCGCCCUCCAAAAAAGCCUGCGUUGAGGAGGCGCUAGGAGGUCUUAAUGGGGUUAAGAAUGGCGUGGUCCCUCCCCUCUCACCCAUGGAGACCAAACAUAAUGUGAGUACUGACUCCAUAGUGCCCAAUGGGAACCACGGGGCAGCUGGUGCAGAGCACAACAGUGCUGGCAUAACCGACAAUGGUGCAUCACACAGCUCAGAGUCCGAUUUCCGUCUGAAAGAAAUGAAGCAGGAGCCGGUAGACGAUAUCUUGCCCUGCAUACUGCCUGCUGGAGGUGCGAAUGGCGGCAACAGCCUGUUCCCUGAUCUGAACCUCAAUGACCAGGACUGGAGUGAGAUUAUGGAGGAGUUCCGAUCUGUACACUAUGAGGACAUUCAGGAACUUUUUAGUGAUGAUUUUGGAGAUCGCAAGGACCUGGAGCUCCCAUCCAGUGCUGCAGCUCAAAGCUUAAUACCUCCGGAUCUGGCCAGCGUGAAGACUGAAUUUACCCCUGCCACGGCUACCUCCGCUUUCGAUCAGGACUCCUGUACUGGUUCACCUCAGGUGAGACCCACCUCAUCCGGUCCUCCGCUGCACACCAACUCCCCCGUCACGGCUCCAGCCACAUCCCCAGCCUUGCCUGUACCGCAACAGCCUUCUAUGCAGCCCAUCAGGCCGCAGAGUCACCUACUGCCCGGGCCACCCAAAGACCUAUCACCUGCACAACAGCUGCAGCACCUAGCAGCACUUGAACAGCACAGAGCGCAGAUAUUACAAAGCCAUCACCAGCAGCAGCACGUGGUUCAAAAACAACAACAACAACAGCAGCAGCAACAGCAAGCAGCCAAGUUCCACCAGCAGCCCAAUCACGCUGCUUCUUGGCCCCAAAAUGCACCUGCUCAAAGUCAACUAGGUGGAACAUUUGGGCUUGAGAAGCCCACCAGCCCAUCCUUGUUCUCGCAAGACUUCCCCAACCCCAAAACCCUACUAAUGUCAGGGCAGCAGCCGAAUAAGGCUUCUCCCAAAGCAGGCGCUCCAGCCGGGUACAUGCAGUCUGGUGGGCACAGCAACAUGCUAAGCCACCCGGCAGCUCCCACGGGACCUCUCAAUCACCCGGCAAAUCCAGUGGGCCAAGCUGCCAUGUUGGACUACAAUAACACAAAACCCUUGUCCCACUAUGAGACUGGAGCACCAGGGGCACCAAGGGGCCCUCCCACCAACCAGAACAAACCAAACCAGGCCAUCUUGAACCUAAUGAGACAUCAAACGAUGCAGAAGCAGAGACCACCAGGCAUAAACUUUAGACCAGCACACCUCCAACAUCCUUCGGAGUCGGGGUCUUACCCCUCCGCCCCUCAUGUUCCCAGCAACACCAUGACGACGCAGCCAAGCGGCAGCAGCAUUCCCGGUAACCAUGGUAACGCGGCUUACAUAAAGCAGCAGCAGCAGCAGCAGAUCCAGUUGAUGCAGCGGAAACAGUACCAGAGGCGUUUGAUGCUUGAACAGCAGGAGAAACAGAGGCAGCAACAAGAACAGCAGUUGCAGAGACACCUGACCCGUCCUCCGCCCCAGUACCAGGACCAACAGAACCAGCAGGCCCAGCAGAACCCAUUCCAGCAACAGCAGCAGGUGUCCCAGUUCACGGGUAACACACCCUGUCUGGCUCAGCAGCACCCCUCUGGCUUUUCAGAACACUCCAUCUCUGGCACAUCACAGCCAAUAGGAAAUGUAAACGCUCUCAAUGGCCCUGCUCCAGGAGCUCAGCGAAUGUUUUCUCAGACACAAGGUAUGAUGGGAAUGGGUGUGGGUCAGAGCGGGGGUCCCACUCCUGGUGCCCCUCCCGCUGCCAGCCAAGCAGAGAUGAACCUCUCGUCCUGUGCAGGGGGUCUUGACGUCAUGUAUGGCAACAUGCCCAUGCAUCCCUCCCACCCCAACCAGCAGAGACAACCGGUAUCAACCAUGUCUGCUGCCUACCGACAGAACCUUUUAGCAGCCCAGCAGCAAGCACAUUUGAAGAACCAACCCAACGCUGCCCUGCUGAAACAACAACAACAGCAGCAGCAGCUAGCUCGGCUUCCUAAUAGCAUGCCAAAUGCUAUGGCUAAUAACAUGAGCUCUUCCAUGCCAACUAGUAUUCAAGGUGCCCUGCCCACACAGGCUCAAUCCUGGCAGCAGCAACCCCAGCAGCAUCCAUCCCUCCAGCAGGGAAUGACGGCUCAGCCCGGCUCUGCCAACGGAGGCUUUCCCACCUCCAGCUUCCAUAUGCAGUCGAGGAUGACCAAACUUCCCAACAAUGCCCCGUUUUCCCAGAGUGGCAUGGGUAACAGUGCGGCUGGCAGGGCUCUGGCUGGCAUGAACCCUGGACAGAUGAUGUCUAACAUGAACCAGCAACGGACAAAUAACCCAGCAGCCAUGGGGCAACAGAUGCCACCUCCCAACCAGCAGACGCCCCAGCAAGGGCAGCCGCAACCGGCGCCUCAGACCCAGCAGGUUCUGCCCGAUCUGGGGCCUUUCGGUCAGGCUCAGCCUGCGCCCAACCGCACCGCUGCCCUUCAAUGCAAUCAAGCCUAUCAGCUGAACAGGACAGCCAACCAGCAACUCCAAUUCGGCUACAACGCCCAAUCGGGCAACGGCUUGUCUGGCUUUCCCGCCGAAACGGACCUGGUGGACUCGCUGUUAAAAAAUCAGUCCACGCAGGAGUGGAUGGACGAUUUGGAUGAGCUGUUGGCCAGUCACCAAUGAGUAACAUAAGCCAAAUUUGGUGCCUUCCACGGAGAAGAUGUGUUGACGUCCACUUUUGGAUGUUGGUCAUAUAUUGGUCAAAUCUGCUGUUUUCUAUUGAAUAUGUACAUGGUGUAUAUAAUACAACACGAGUUGAGUACAGGACCAAGAGCCUGUGUGGUAUUGGAAGUGUUCUCCGGACUUACAAUGUAGAGGAAAUGCUCUACUACUGAACCUGUGGCUCAGAAAAACCACUGUAUUUGACUAUAUGUUAAGUGACUCGUGAACUUGUUCAGCUUGUCAUGUCGUACUUUCAUUGCCUACAUGUUUUUUGUAGGCAUGAGGAGAAUCUGUUCAUUGUCUAGAGGCCUUUUUUCAAGUCUCACAGGCUUUAAGUUUGCACUCUUAGUUGCAUAAUAAGUGCUUUACAGAUUAUUAUGUGAGUGUAAAAGUGUGGUAAAUUAUUUGAAAGAAAUCGUUCCCCUAAACCUGAUACUUGCCCUUAUAUUUGACCAAACUUGUUUAGAGUGUUAUAUGGGCACUGGGUAUAUUGAUCUAAACUUGGUUAGCUUUCCCAUCACGCAAAGCUUAUUUCACUUAUGUGUGGCACAUCCUGUCAUGUUGUGUCAUCAAAAACAAGACGAGCAGGAAACGUGACGUAUGAUAUCGGGAAUUACUGCGACACAAGUAGAUGGGAUUUAACAGUUUUGGUUUAGAGGAACAGCCUUAAUCCUGUUAAUGGACAAAAAUAUAAUAGUUUUAUUAUUCAAGUUCCAUUUGGUUCACAGAUUAAAAUUCUUGUUUGUGACAGCUUACAUGGGUAAGACUACAUGAGUUAAGAGCAUUUGACAAACACUACAAUGAUAAAGUGAAAGUGGGCGUUAACUAGACUCUUAAUAAUAAAGGAGCUUAAACGGUUAAAAAAAAAUUUGUUUGUGAAGCACCUUUAUUUUAAAGAGUAAAUGUGGUAUUCGACCAUUACACUUUCAUAUGAAACACUACUUUUUUACCUUUGAAAAGCCCAGAUUGAAAUACUUGUGCGUUUUAUACGAGGGUUAAUAUUCCAGAUUUCGUUUCCUUCCAUGUAAGAUUAAGGGAAGGUCAGGUGUUUAAAUGGGUGUUACCUUCCUCGUGGCUGAACUUUCUCUCUUCAUCCCAGAGUCUGUGACGGGAGUUCAUGUAUAUUUAUAUAUUUUUUGUAUGUAUGCUGUUUCCUAUUGUUCAAGAGAAGAUAGAUCUUAUUUUUAUAUGUACAUUAUUUGCAAUGUUUGUAUUUUAUACCUUUUUAUUAUUGUUCUCUGUAAAACAAGAGUAUUGUGUAAAUAUAGUUCUCUAGAAAUUAA